AUGGAAAGUUCCAUAAACAACCUCGCCAGAUUGGGAUUCCGUGCUGGUUCCUUCAUUUUCACUGCCGGUGCCUGCUCUUGGCUCGUCACCAAUUCACUAUACAAUGUUGAGGCUGGACAUAGAGCAUUAGUCUAUAAUAGGCUAACUGGCCUAGGGACGAAUGUUUAUGGUGAAGGGACUCAUUUCAUCAUUCCUUGGUUCGAAAGACCUAUAAUUUAUGAUGUGAGGACCAGGCCAAGGACCAUAAUGUCACUAACCGGCAGUAGAGACUUGCAAAUGGUCAACAUAACAUGCCGCGUAUUAUCACGACCUGAUGAAUCCAGAUUGGCAGAUGUAUAUCGUACGCUAGGGAAGGAAUAUGAUGAGAAGGUAUUACCUUCAAUCAUCAAUGAAGUUUUAAAAAGCGUGGUCGCGCAGUAUAACGCAUCACAACUUAUAACGCAGCGUGAAAUUGUUAGUAAGGCAGUACGGGAACAGUUGGUGAAUCGUGCAAAAGAUUUUAACAUAUUGCUAGACGACAUAUCCUUAACCCAUUUGAGUUUCAGCCCAGAGUAUGAAAAGGCAGUAGAGGCCAAACAAGUUGCACAGCAACAGGCGGAACGCAGUAAAUACAUUGUACUUAAGGCACAGGAAGAGAAGAAGUCGACUAUUAUUAAAGCUGAAGGAGAAACUCAGGCCGCUAAACUUAUUGGGCAAGCUAUAAGGGACAAUCCAGCAUUUGUAACUUUGCGUAAAAUCGAAACGGCGAAAGAAGUAGCAAACAUACUAUCCAAGUCAUCAAACAAAGUACUUAUAGGUUCAGACACUCUAUUACUAACAAUAAAAUAA